CCCGGGAGAGCUCAGCUGCCCGUGGCAGAGAGCACAGGGGUGGGGUGGACGUUGAGAGCCUUGGGCUGAGACGGCGGCGGCAGAGUCUAUAGCCUGGGCGGGGCUGGGACGCAGGCGGGACCCGUGGGCACUCGAUCCCCGGGCGUCUAGAUGCCCAGACAGAGGCGACCGCGGGCUCGGCUUGGCCUCGACCUCUCUGCACCUUUGUCCCUCUGCACCCUGGCGGUCUGCCCUGGGUCUCCAGCCGACAAUGCCAUCCCCCGCGCCUCCCACCGUGCUGCUGCCGUGGGAGCGCGCCGUGGUACUGCUGUCGUGCGUGCUGUCAGCGCUGGGCUCGGGCCUCUUGGUGGUCACGCACGCCCUGUGGCCUGACCUGCGUAGCCGGGCGCGGCGCCUGCUACUCUUCCUGUCGCUAGCGGACCUGCUCUCGGCUGCCUCGUAUUUCUACGGGGUGCUGAAGGACUUUGCGGGGCCUUCGUGGGACUGCGUGCUGCAGGGCGCGCUCUCUACUUUCGCCAACACCAGCUCCUUCUUCUGGACGGUGGCCAUCGCUCUCUACCUGUACCUCAGCAUCGUCCGAGAUGCGCGCGGGCCCAGCACGGACCAUCUGCUCUGGGCUUUUCAUCUCAUCAGCUGGGGUGUCCCGCUGGCCAUUACAGCAGCAGCUGUCUCUCUGAAGAAGAUAGGCUACGAUGCCUCCGACGUGUCCGUGGGCUGGUGCUGGGUGAACCUGGAGGCUGAGGACCGUGUCAUGUGGAUGCUCCUGACUGGGAAGCUGUGGGAGAUGCUGGCUUAUGUCUUACUGCCUCUACUGUACCUUCUGGUCAGAAAACACAUCAACAGAGCGCACCAGGCCCUCUCCGAGUACCGGCCCAUCUGUGAGGCGCGCCAGCUGCAGCGAGGCUCCGCCACCUCCAUGGCUGAUAAGAAACUGAUCCUGAUUCCACUCAUAUUCAUCUGUCUUCGCGUCUGGAGCACCGUGCGCUUCGUCCUGACCCUCUGCGGCUCCCCAGCUGUCAAGUCUCCUGUGCUGGUUGUUUUGCACGGCAUUGGGAACACUUUCCAGGGAGGGGCCAACUGCAUCAUGUUCGCCCUCUGCACCCGCGCAGUCCGCACAAGGCUCUUGUCUCUCUUCUGCUGCCGCUGCUGUCCUCAGCCCUCUACCCAGAACCCUCUUGGGGCUCCUACUCCCCCCAAGAUGAGAGAAUCUCAGGAAUCCAGACGGACUCCAGAAGUUCCCAGCACCUGAUUGGUGGACUUCUCUACUUGUUCUCACCGGUGCUGCCUUCCUGGUUCCUGCUGCUGCUCCGCCAGAUACAGGGUCGCCCACCGGAAGCCUUGAAUAGGGAAGCUCCGCCCCGUGAAGGAACGGCCCUUAGGGCAGCCUCAUCUACCUCCUAGACUCUCAGGCAGGCGUAAGCCCAAAGAUGUGGGAUGCAGGGAAGCCAGUAAUGCAGGAUCCCAUCAGGACACUGGUUCUCAGUCCUGAAGCCACCAGCACUGUUUACAGUUUGAGGGACCCAUACCUAUGGACUCCUCGGAGAGAUGCACCCCAACCCAGACAUCACAGUAUGGGGUCCAGGUUUGUCACGGUGUUGAGAUUCACAGAGAACCUGGAGAAGUUAGAGCUCAACAGCAGAGCCAUUUCCCUUAAACCAGGUCCCAAGUCCGCUACGAUCACAGGAGACGCCGUCAUUGACCCAAACCACCCAGGCACACACUCGAGGGCAUCUCACGGAUUCUCUGCUUGGCUCAUCAACCCUCAAUAUUUAUUGCAUUUGAACUUCAGCACAGGCCAGAGUCCAGAGUUCUGCCCAUGAGUCAAUCACUCAACACUCAGGUCCUUUCUGGGACCAAGACAGAAGCAGCUCGGCUCCAGUCCCUGAGAACGACAUACGGUUUCUGCCUGCUGUUUUCAUAGAACUUUUGUUCGCAGUGAUUAUUACAGGAGUGACUCAGGACGGUGUCUGGCUUGGCGCCUUGUUUAGUUAGUUUUGGUUUGCUUGUUUUGUUUUGUGGUCAGGGGGUUGGUGAAUGGUCCAAACACCAACUCCUCCCCAAAGGGGAGCCUUUGGAGAUUCAGCCUUGGGCUGGGAUGUAGCUCACUGUGCUUCCAGGUUGGUCCCUGUACCAAAACUAUUUAAAAAGUUUUUUUCUUGGUAGUUAUUUAUGGGAUAUAGAAAGAGGAUUUUGAGGUGAUUACAUUUUAUUUAAUUUAUUUGAGAUAGGGUCUCAUUAUUAUAGCCCUGGCUGGUCUGGAACUUGCUGUGUAGACCAAGCUGGCCUCGAACUCACAGAGAUCCACUUGCCUCUGCCUCCCGAUAAUUACAUUUUUUUAAAAAAGAUUUUGUUUUGUGUUGUGCUUCCUGUACUAGGGCCUUGCUCUGCCACUGGGUUCUACCCCAAGCCUUCCUUUUGUUCCUUUUGUUCUUUUGUUUUGAGCAGGGUCUCACUAAGUUGCCUCGACUGGCCAUGAACUUUCUGUCAGCCAGGCUAGACUUGAACUUGCGUUUUCCCUACCUCAACCUCCCAGGAAGCUAGUACUAAAGCCUUGGGGCAGCGUGCCCAACCAAAGAAGGGCGUAAGAGAGCUGUGUUUCUGCUUCCACUCGGCGGCUCUUCUAGCAAGCCUUCCCUCAUUUCAGAGAGCUAGGUACUCCGCGUCUCAGGCCCGCCACCUUGCAGGCAAGUGGAAGAAAUGUUCUGCUAUGCCUGUAGACAGUGCCCUUGGGUUCUGUCCGUACCCCACAAAGCAGAGCGGAUUCGCAGAGCCUGGUAAAGGGGCUGAGGAUGAGGAGGACAGAGCCACACUGGGCCGUCGAUUCCCAUUUUGUUCUCAAACAACGUCUCUCUCAGAAAAGGACUCGUCAGAGGACUGUGUCCAUAUGCUCCUUUUCUGAUUUCCUUGGGAAGUGUUUCUUUAGGAAAAUCUACACGAGGUGGGUUCCCUCAUGGGCAUCAAAGAAAGCUCCUCAGCCGGGGGCUGUCUGUUUACAGAAACAGCCUAUGUCAGGCAAAGGGCGUGCUGAGGUCCUAAGACAUUACUGCCGAUUGUACGUUGUCAGCAUGCUGCCAGUAAUGAUCUCCCGGCUUCUAAAAUGGAACGGAAAUUCUAGGAACUUGUUUCCUGCAGAGGAGAAAAUGAUCUACAGAAUACCACAGAGGAAAUGAUGUGGGAACAAACCCAGCUGGGCAGGGCUUUGGGGAGCCCUGGCUGUUGGAGAUCCAGGAGCCUGGGGCUCACUCGAGCUCUCUCUGAUGACUGAUGCCAUCGGCCAGGAUUGCUGUCUGUAAAUCCCUCCGCAAAAUAAACACUUUGGCUCUUUCCACCUGUUUCCCACACUGCCCUGCUGCUGCAGGGGAAUGGCGGCGACCCAAGGCUUGGUACCUUGCCUCUAGCCCUGUGAGCACACAGGCUGAUCUCAACCUUAGCUCUUCUCAGAGCUGGUGACCAAAUGGUUUCAGAACUGAAGACAAAAGGAAGGUGAGCCUUCAGUGAGCCCCAGGAGGAGGCCCUAGAGGCUGCCAGCUCCCAUUACGCCUCGUUCAGCCUGGUGGCUUUUUAUCUCUCUUAGCAUUACUCGUAUUAUCUCCCCGUGCCCCCUCGGUCACCGAAAUGUGACCUCAGCCUUAACGGGAGCUACAGCCUUUGCUCCCCCUUCUUCAGCACUUUGUGGUUCUUGUUCUCCCAGUCAGUUGUCAGCUGCUUCCUGCCUCUGUCCGUCUGGACACACACACACACACACACACACAGACACACAUUAGUUUUGGAGAUACCAGGGGAUUAAACCUAGGCCCUUGUGCAAACUAGACAAGUGUCUAGCAUUUAGCUAUUCCCUCAGUCCUUUUAUUUUCUAUAUUUUGAAGCAAGGGAUUCUCACUAGUUGUCCAGUUGUCCAGGAAGGCCUUGAACUUGAGAUUCUCCCGUCUCAGUUUCACGGUUUCUGGAAUUACAGACCCGUGCCUUGGUUUCCCAGCUGCGCAGACCAGAAUAAUCACACAGAAAAGCCAGGAAAUGAAUGAGCAGUCUGUUUACACAGGCCUCUGCCAUCAAACUCAUCCAACUUUCAGAGCCUGGGUUUGUUCUUUCUGUCUCUCUCUUAAAAGAAUAAAAGAAACCC